AUGAGCGCGUCCCCCACGUCGAGGGACGGCCGGCAUGCGUCUCCAGCGCCUCGCAAGUCCUCAGCAUCUUACAAAGUGAGCCCGCUGCAGCUCCCGACUGGCGGACACCUCGCGCAGGACAAGAUACGGCAGCCUUCAAUCCAGUUUUUGGCACACAGAAAUUCGUCGCUACCCAGAGGCGCCCCCAGGCCCCGUGAACGACGUCGAUUGUCGUCACCGCCGCCUCCACCCGUUUUCCAACCUCGUGUAUCUUUCGACACUUUCGACAAGCCUGCAGACUUCAUCGAGGAGAGCUCUUUUACAUUGAUCGCCAAACACAAAGACUACGAGUACACCAAGCGUUCGCGGACGUUCCUAUGUGGUUUCGACGAGAACGAGUACUCAGUAUAUGCUCUGCAAUGGCUCAUAAACGAGCUGGUCGACGACGGAGAUGAGAUAGUAUGCCUCAGAGUGGUGGAGAAGGAAGAUGCAAUAGCCGGAGAGCGGAGCGUGGAGACUGGGCGAUAUCGUUCAGAGGCAGAGCAUACCAUGGCCGACAUACAGAGCCGGAAUCACGACAACAAGGCGAUCAACCUCAUAUUGGAAUUUUCAAUUGGCAAGGUCAACAAAGUCAUCGAUGACAUGAUCAAUCUCUACGAACCCGCGAUUCUUGUGGUCGGAACUCGAGGCAAGAGCUUAGGUGGAUUCCAGGGACUACUUCCGGGUAGCGUGUCCAAGUACUGUCUCCAGCAUUCACCAGUACCUGUCAUCGUUGUCCGUCCCACAUCGAAACGCGACAAAGCAAAGAGCAAGCGCACAAAUGAUCCAGAUCGUCAAGGCUACAGAGAAAUCCUCGCGAAGAGCGAAAGCCUUCCUGAGUUCAACAGUCCUCGCAACAGCUUCUUCGCGAACGAGGACGAGGCCGCGAUAGUUGGAGGCGCAGCGACCGCACCCAAACCUGCAGCGGACACGCAUCCUCUGGCACAGGUGGAACAAGCGCCAGACAGCAGCGAGGAUGAACUGGACACCGGUACUAGUACAUUGGUUGGAGAUGAUCCCCGAAGUCCUGGUCCUAUGAUGAAGAGUCCACAUCUACAAAACUUAGACAGUCCUGAGCUCAGUAGUCAAUCUAGCAGCGAGGACGAGGACGACCAAGGCGGGGUAUCGACUUCAGGGAUCUCCGCUGUGGAUAAAGUUACAGGCGCAACGGAGAAAUUAAACCUUGGCGAAGGAGAUGCAGGUGGUGGAAAUACGUCAAUGUCCUACAUGGACAGUCUCACCAGUGGAGCACAGAAGAAGUCCGAGGACACUUCUUCGGCGCAGAAAGACUCGGAAGGCGCGUAG